CCCCCGGUGCGGGAAAGAGAGGAGCGGGGAGUCUCAGAGCUCCCCGCGGGAGAAUUCCCGCUCCUCACCCGCCCUGCAGGGAGGCGGAAGGCCACCUCUCCCCGCAACCCUCCCCAAGCCUGCCACUCGGGACCCCGGGCUGGGACGACCCCCCGGGACGGGACCCCGGCGCCAGCCCAGGGAGUCUGUUCAAAGAUUCCGCGAUCGCAAGAACCCCUCCCGCAGCCACAUUCCCGUCUGAGUUAAGGGAGGCUGUUAUUAUUUACAUGGCCCAGAAGGGAAACUGAGGUGGCGCCGCAACAAGGCGAGGCGCUGGGUCUCGAACCGAGAUCCCCAGCUCCGACACAAACCCAGCCAGACGGAACUAGGACGUUGCCCGGGUCAGGCACGCGACGGCGGAGGGGCGGAGCAUGCGGGCCGGAAGCCGGCUCUGCCCACAACCAAGAUGGCCGCAGGGAGGGCGGAAGUUUCCGCAUUUCGGGCCUCCAAGGCCUCUCUUUCUCCCUUGGCGGCCCCGCUCUCGAUGGUGGCGUGGCGGGGCCAGGGGCCGGGGAGGCGGCGCGUCCUCCUCGGCGGGGAGGGAACCUGCUCGCAAACCCGAGCGGGGAGAAGGGUUCGGCCUGGGGGGAGGGGGGCUUGACAUGUCUCUCGAAGACCCGUUUUUCGUAGUCCGAGGCGAGGUGCAGAAGGCGGUGAACACGGCCCGCGGGCUGCACCAGCGCUGGUGCGAGCUGCUACAGGAUGGCGCGGCGGUGGGACGCGAGGAGCUGGACUGGACCACCAAUGAGCUGCGGAACGGCCUGCGCAGCAUCGAGUGGGACCUCGAGGACCUGGAAGAGACCAUUGGGAUAGUGGAAUCCAGUCCAGGCAAGUUCAAGCUCCCAGCUGGGGACCUGCAGGAGAGGAAGGAGUUCGUGGAGCGGAUGCGCGAGGCGGUCCAGGAAAUGAAGGACCAUAUGGUCAGCCCCGCAGCCGUAGCCUUCAUGGAGAGGAAUAACAGAGAGAUGCUGGUGGCCAAGCCAGCCACCCAGAAGUCACCCAGCGACCUGCUGGAUGCCAGCGCAGUCUCGGCCACCUCUCGCUACAUCGAGGAGCAGCAGGCCACGCAGCAGCUGAUCAUGGACCAGCAGGAUCAACAGCUGGAGAUGGUGUCUGGGAGCAUCCGGGUUCUAAAACACAUGUCUGGCCGCGUUGGGGAGGAACUGGACGAGCAGGCAUUCUGGAUGCCUUUGCUCACGAGAUGGACCACACCCAGUCCCGGAUGGAUGGGGUCCUCAGGAAGAUGGCCAAAGUGUCCCACAUGACGAGUGGCUGAAGGCCCGACUGCCUAUUUGAAGAUGGCAUCUUUGGGAGGCAAAGUUCAUCGAGGUCACAAGGGUAGAAUCGAGAAGGCAGCCAUCUGCGAGCCAGGGAGAGGGCCCUCACCAGAACUCGACCCUGCCGGCACCCUGCCCUUGGACUGCCAAGUCCCAGAACAGCGACGAAAUAAACACCUGCCGUUUAAGCCACCCAAUCUAUGGUACCUUGUUGUGGCAGCCAGAGCUAACGCAGGACUAAAACACCACCCGUGCGCUGAGCCUCCUCCACCGGAGCUUCUCAAUGGGACCUCCCCGCGGACGCGACUCGCACGAGCAACACGCAGACACCUCCUUCCACACAGCCACGGAGGGAAGCUCCAGCCAUCCUCUCUCCGACCCUGGGAUUCACCCUUGACUUCUUCAAAACCACUCUGCACCACCUUGACCCUAACCGACACCGCUACAGGCCCCUACAAGGGUUCCUUGGGGCCCUGGCGGUCUGGUCCGGCCCUGCCUGCUCCCGGCCUCCUAGGGUGGGAAUGCCGUCCCCACUUCCUAGUACAAUCUAGCAAGCUGGGUAUUCCCCUCUUUGGCUAUGUGUCAGCUUCCUGGGGCGGGAGUUUGCGGUGUAGUUCCCUGCUGUGUCCCCUGCCUCUAGGACAGGACAGGCGCACCGUGCCUGCUCAAUAGUUGUUGUGGAAUGAAUGAAGAAUUAU